AUGUGGCAGAUCAAGGCUGUGGCGCAGUGCAUGCUACCUCCUGCCCUGGCUUGGGUGCUUUUAUCUCUACAGGGCUGUGACGAGGUUGCCCAAACCAUCAAAGACAUCGAGUCGAAAUUGGACGGAGACAACGGCAACAAGUCGACCAAUCGCAGCUACAAGGCUUCCAGCGUCUCCAAGUCAAGUCCCUUGCAAGAAUCUGCGAGGAUGAGUGCCAAUGUCAUCAACCAGAAAGCCUCCAUUCCUCUGGCCGCCACAUCGUGGUCCGGUGGCGUGCGGCUCUUGAUGGCCGUGUCACCAGUGGGUCCAAACGGCGAGUUGCUGCCGGCACAAAGCCUCGUGGUUGACACCGGCUCUUCCACGCUCGCGUUUUGUCAGAGCAGUUUUCUCCAGGAAGCAAACUACCAGUCAACGAAGUACAUCUCCUGCAAUCAGUACAACCCCGGCGGUGAUCCAACCGGGUACUGGGGCCCCUUCGUUGUCGGGGAACUCCGUGCAGGAAACGUGACCUUCCAGCAGGCUUCAUAUAGCAUCAUGGCACAGGAGGAGAACAUGCCCUGCAAGGACGGCAUUCAGGGCAUCUUCGGCAUUGCUUUCCGACAGUUGGACGUCGGCUUCCCGGCCGAUCAGAGGCCCGACUGGUCGAGCGGGGUCGCUGCUGCGUCGUGCCCGGAAGCGGCGGGCGUGGUGCCCCCUCCCCUAAUCCAGAAGCUGCGAGCACAAGGUGGAGUGGAGAAGCUGGGCAUCCACUGGUCCGGGCAGUUGGGAGAGAACCAGGGAAGGCUAUACCUCGACGACGAUGCUGUGCUGAACGAGCACUAUGACAAGUCCUCCCUGGUGGGCCCGGCCGUCCUGGGCGAGGUUGGCUGGUAUGACAUCGCGGUCCAGAAGAUCUCCUUGGGUGGUCAGGAGUUCACGGGCUUCGGCUGCGAUCCGAACCAGCCUGGCCAACAGUGCAUCAUGGAUACGGGGACCCCGGCCUUGGUCCUCCCGGCAGAGGUCUUCGACUACGCCAGCCAGCUCAUCGAGUAUGGUGAGUCGGCAACCUUGACAUUCUGGCUGCCAGGAGUCUCGGGCGAGGAUGUCGCAGUGAGCUUCGACUUGACUACGUUGAACCAGAUGGUGGCCUUGUCAAAAGGUGGCAAGGGAACCAACAUCAUCCUCGGCCUGCCUUUGUGGGCCUUCUACUACACGGUCUUCGACAUCACUGAGAAGUCGGUGUCCUUCAUCCCGCAGAAGAGCCAGCCGGCAAUUCCGCCAUCUCAGCCCCAGAUUCCCGCUGAGAUUCCCGAGCCCAGCCAGCCGACAGAACCCACGGAGCCGACCCCGCAGGUUUUGCCAUGGCCCUUGGGCCCCUUGGGGCCUUUCGGGCCCGUGACCGGUCCUAGCCCAUGGACCCCCAUUCCAGGGCACCAGCCGGGCGCCUGGCCCGCGCCCCAGGCGCCGCAGGUGCCGCAGGGAGACGUUUGGCCCAAUGUUGGUGAUGGCGAUGGUGGUGCGGACCCCUUGGGUCCUUUCGGAAUCUUCGAAGCGCAGGCCAAGUCCACGGAAAGCACGUCUUCGAAUCCAGGUGAUGGUCGCCGGAUGGAGGAGCUCCCAGUGCACGUGUGA